CAGGUAAGGGCGUGGCCAAUCAUAUUUGUGGCAGUUACCUGAGAGCAACGAGAUUAAAGGACGCUGCUGGCGGCGUCUACUUUAAUCUACAUAAAAGAAAACAAGAUGGUGGAACAAACAAGGCAGCCGAGUCGUGUCGUCUCCCUCCAGGCUGGACCUGGUGAGGUGGACACUGGCACUGUGUUUGAUGUGAACCUCAGGGUCAAUGACAGAGCUGCACGAGCUUUGGGGCGCCAGCUGGCUGUAAUUGGAGACCAGCUGGCCCGGGAAUGGGCCAGCAGAGAGCCAAACUGGCUACCAACUGCUCUCCACAUGUUGAGACCUGCUCAAGCACUGACCAGGACCAUUUAUCGGGACAUCCACAGUCAGUUAUGGGGCUUCCAGGGCCUGUCUGCAGCAGUGAAGGCCUGGAUAGUCAGCUCUGCACCUGGGCAGGGGAUCCUCAGAGGCGACACCUGGGCAGCCUGGGUGGCCAAUUUUAAACGAGCAGCCUGCCCUGGCUGGACCAGAGGAGUGCUGGUGACUGUGGCACUGGUGGCCGCAGUGACGCUUUUGGUGCACUGCGGGCAGAACGGAAAGCCUAAAGGGCCAUAAAUACGCCAUCGAUAUAUGUGACAAAAAUAACGUUUGCAAAUGAUUUGACAGUUAUUUCUAAUUGAUUUGUUUCUGCUGUUUACUUUGAUUUCUCUUUUUAUACUAUUUUUCAGGAUCGGUAUUGAAGUUGACAUUGUAUGGCUGGAAACAGGAGAGAAAAACAAGCUGUAGAAUUUGCCAGGGUCAUACGUGCGUAAAUUGUUUAAAUCUGUUCUACAGUGUUGGCCAGCAUAUUGUAGCAGUGACAUGUUUGUUCACAGUUGUAUUAAUGUACAAAAGCCUGUUUCUAGUGACUGGACUGUUGCUGGCCUGCAGUCUUUUCAUAUUAAUUUCCUGCUGGAUUUAAAAGGCCAAAAUUGUUACAAAUGACGAGUAGCCUUGCUUAAUAUAAAAAAUGAAGGGAGCUGGACUUUCUGUGUCAGAUAUGAAAGUGCUUUUUCUCAUGUGAUGCAAAUAAACUUCAAAUUGAUGACA